AUGUUCAGGGGGUACCGCCAUUCCUACUCUCCAGCACACCACCAUCAGAUGCCAUCUCCGCAACCUGGCCUUGAACCCUAUUUCUUUUGGGAAUGGCUACCAAAACUUCGGCCAUCAGCCUCAUGGUUCUCGGGCUCUUUCGAUCCCAGUGUCAUUCAUCAAAGGUCCGAGCAAUGUCCUCUUCGGGAAGGCUUUGUCUUCGAAGCAGCCCGCUCUGGAUGCAAGAAAAUGCCAGGCGCUUCAGGCCAUGUGCAAUAG